AUGAACAUGACCAAUCCAUCAACAGCUUCUUCAAACCACACAAGCAGUUGUGGACCACUUUACGAUGAGGAAAACCCCCUUCCACUUGUGGCUCUCUACAGCACCGUCCUCACUGUAGGUCUGCCCGCAAACCUGAUCACAGUCUUCCUCACGUUCCUCGAAGUGUGUCGGAAGAACGUUCUAGGAGUUUAUCUCUUCAGCCUGACACUGUGUGACCUCAUGUAUCUCAGCACACUUCCACUGUGGGCCAUUUACAUCCAUAGAGGCCAUCGCUGGGAAUGGGGCUCUCUGGCCUGCAAGGUCACCGGAUACGUGUUUUUCAAUAACAUGUACAUCAGCAUUUUCCUGAUGUGCUGCGUUUCCGUUGACCGUUUUGUGGCGGUGGUUUACGCCGUGGAGUCUCGAGGGUUGAGGAGAAUGAGACAUGCCGCGAUUAUCUCAGUUACGAUCGUGGCGGUCGUCGCGAUUGGACACGUGCCUGUUUUCACCAUGACAGAAGGAAAUUCGGAGGAAAUAACGGAGAAGAGAUGUUUCGAGCCGAGCGAUCCUUCUUCUGUAGUGACGGGACUCAAUUAUGCCAGAUUCCUUGUUGGUUUCUUCAUCCCGUUGUGCAUUUUAACUGUUACUAACUUUGCGAUUCUUCUUAACGUUCAAGCAAGCGCAGGCCUGAAGACGAGAACCAAAGUUAAAGUGCGCAAUCUGGCUGUCGCCGUCGUUUUAUUCUUUUUGGUCUGCUUUACGCCGUACCAUGUGAUUCUUCUGCUGCGUGCUGUCAAUUUCCAUGUUUCGGAUGGGAAGUGUGACUUUGAGAGACGUGUCUACACGCCGUACACCAUCUCCUUGGGAUUGUCUACUAUCAACAGCGCGUUGAACCCUGUUUUCUAUGUGCUUGCUAGCAGUAGUGCACAGAAGAAGAUCUAUAAAGGCCUGCAAGGGUUACGCAGCAGCUCAAGAUCCUCUUCUUUAGCAUGAUUUGUUUCACGUUUUCGAACUUUCAACAUUUGUUUUAUGUUUUGAGACUUUCUGUGGCAUUCAAAACCAAGCAUCGCCAACAUUACAGGUACUCAAUGUUAAGAGUCUUAAUGUUUUGUACAUGGAUGUUAUUGAUGUAUUCCAUGAAGGCUUGCAGGAUUGUUUUGAGGUAAAAAGAAGUUUUAAUUAGCUUAUUGUUAGAGUACUGUUGAAAUUAAUAUUGAAUACAGUACGUUUUGCACAUUUACAGUUACAAAUUACAGUGAAAACAGCUGUUAUGAAAAGGUGCUGUGUCUUCAAAAGGCUUGAUUAUUUCUGCUUUUGAGAGGUUUGGUCAAUGCAAGGGUUUCAGUUCAAAUUUGUUUGAAUGCCAUCCCCUCUUUCUCUCCUACUUUCAAAUUUCCUGUCAAACUACUACUGUUCUAUCACAAUAAAAGCAAACAAAUGCCCAAAAGAGAGAAAGAGACAUGUAUACAGAGAUCUUUGCCCUAUCCAGAGCUAAACUGAUGAUCAGUUCCAGCUGCAGGGGAAUUCUCUGCAUUAUCUAGUCCUCUUGUGCAUUUGACUUUAGUGGACGACCAACCUUUUUUUCAGAGACUUGAAUCAGUUUGUG